AGUGCAGACUCUUACUUCUGGGUUUGCAGCACUGGCCACCUCUGUGGCAUUUAACUCAAGUGUGUGCAGAAGUUGACUCUAACUCUGGCUUUUGUGACAGAAGCCAGGUCCCAGAGUCAUAUUUUGGAGAGACAGAUGCAAGAAGCCCUUGACCUUCUGAAUAUACACCUCAAUAAUGGAGCAGGAAAGACAACCCCAAGGGAAGGCAGUCUGCUGGACCCUGAAACUCUGGUCAGUUGCUGUGAUUUCCAUGUUACUCUUGAGCACCUGUUUCAUUUCAAGCUGUAUAGUGACUUACCAGUUUAUGAUGAACAAGCCCAGUAGAAGACUGUCUGAACUUCACACAUACCAUUCCAGUCUCACCUGCUUCAGUGAAGGGACUAUGGUGUCAGAAAAAAUGUGGGGAUGCUGCCCAAAUCACUGGAAGUCAUUUGGCUCCAGCUGCUACCUCAUUUCUACCAAGGAGAACUUCUGGAGCAUCAGUGAGCAGAACUGCAUUCAGAUGGGGGCUCACUUGGUGGUGAUCAAUACUGAAGCUGAGCAGAAUUUCAUCACCCAACAGCUGGAUGAAUCAUUUACUUACUUCCUGGGUCUUUCUGAUCCACAAGGUAAUGGCAAGUGGCAAUGGAUCGAUAAUACUCCUUCCAGUCAAAACGUCAGGUUCUGGCACCCCCAAGAGCCCAAUCUUCCAGAGGAGCGGUGUGCUUCAAUAGUUUACUGGACUCCUUUGAAAUGGGGCUGGAAUAAUGUUUUCUGUGAUAAUAAAUACUAUUCAAUAUGUGAAAUGAGGAAGAUUUACAUAUGAGCACGUUUAUUCAUUAAUAUCUUUAAAGUUCAGACCCACCAAGAAACCAUAACUUCUUGGCAUGUCCACUUGACUGUAGCCAUUCUUUUCCUAGCUACUCCUCUUUACUCAUGAUGGAAUGAGUUCUUUCUCCUUCUGAUGGUUAGAGCUUUGUCAACUUGACAAGAAAGAGUCACCUGGGCAGUAGAAUCCUCAGCUAAGGAAUUGCUUCCAUCAGCUUGACCAGUCAGCAAGUCUGUGGGGCAUUUUCUUGAUUAAUGACUGUUGUAAGAGGGUCCAGGGAGUAAGCAAAGCGGCAAAAGCCAUGAAAAACAAGCCAGAGAGCAUCAUCCCUCCAUCUGCCCUCAGGGUUCUGCCCCAGAGUCUUGCCCUGACUUCUUUCUAUGAUGAACUGCUGUUACUUGAAAAUAUAAGAUAAAUAAACAGUUUUGUCCAA